AUGAGUUUACAAAGUUAUUUAUUAUUUUUAAAUAUCUUUGAAAAAACUCAUGAAGAAUUAGUUUCUUUAAAUUCUGCUUAUAAUCAACUUUUAAUUGCAUAUAAAUCUCAAAAAAAUUUAGAAAUUGAUAAUAAUAAUAGUGAAUUAAAUAGUAAUUUACUUUUAUUUAAUAAUAGUAAAUUAGAAGAUAAUUCACUAUUAAUUAAUAGUAAUGAUAAUCCAAUUUUUAAUUUUAAUUCUGUAUUAUCUAAAAUACAAAUUGAUACAUAUCAUCAAAUUUAUAUGAAACAACCUUUUGAAAAUGAUAAAAAUGAAGAAUUAAAUUCUAUUAAAUCAAUUAAAAAACAAUUAAGUAGUCAAAAAGAAGAAGCAUAUCUUCAUCGGCUUUCUACAAAUAA